GUGCAAGAUGAUGACGUCCAGACGGCAUGCAACGAGGGUGCAUGGUUUCAGGCAGAGAAGCACCGCAAGGCGAUCCGGGCGUUCUUGGCAGGCCCCGGAAGCGCGGAGCGGUGUGCCAUGUUAGACCUGUUCGGCGCUUCAGGGCAGAUGUCCUCGUGUUGGCGCAAAGCUGGUUGGGAGGCUUUCGCCUACGACAUCAAGACUAACAGCAAGCAUGAUCUCACGAGUGCAAACGGCUUUUGGCAGUUGUGCAAAGCAGGGAAGAAGCUGAUGACGAAAGGCCUCAUCUUCGGGGGCCCGCCUUGUAGUCUCUACGUGUGGAUCUCGAAGUCGGUCCACAAUCGAAGAGAGGACAACAAGUACAUCGGAGAAACCGGGAACUUCAAGGUGCGCGUGAGCAAUCGGAUCGUGGCGAACAUGUGCGUGUUCUUGGAGGAGCUUUCCAAGGUGAAGGACUGCGUCUACACUGUCACGGAGCAGCCAGGCAGCUCAUGCAUGUUCAAGAUGCGAAAUACCUCAUCCAUGGUGAAGCGGCUCAAGAUGAAGUUUGUUUGGACCUGGAUGGGAUUGUUCGGGCAUGAGAUGCAAAAGGGAACGAAGCUCAUCGGCAACCUCCCUUCUCUCGGCUCCCUCCGGCGUGUGAUGACACAUGCCGGCCGAAAGCAGAUCAAGAACAG